AUCGCAAUACAACGCCCGAGGAGCCGACCAGGACAAGUAAAAGGAAGGCCAGCCCUGAGAGAAGGGUGGACCGGAAAAGGGCAAGGGGCUCUGAGCUGGUAGAAGCCGGUACCAGCUCAGACGACAGCAGGACCAGACAGAGGAGGAAGGUCCGGCACCACGGGGAGGGUCCAAAGACCAGGUGGAGGAAGAGGAGUCUGAGGAGGCACCUUUUGGACCAGAAGGCGCCAUCGUCCUCAGCAACCAGCAGAGAUUGCAGCACACCGCCGGAGGAGCCGACCAGGACGAGGAAGAGGAAGGCCAGCCCUGAUAGGAGCGUGGAGAGGAAAAGGGUGAAGAGCUCCGAGCUGGAACAACCCGGCACCAGCUCAGAUGACAGCAGGACCACACGGAGGACGAAGGUCCGGGACUACGGGGAGGGUCCAAAGACCUGGAGGAAGAAGAGGGGUCUGAGGAGACACCUGUUGGACCAGGAGGUGCCGUCCUCCUCAGCAACCACCAGCAGAGACACCAGCAGCGACCCUUUAGAGGGCUGCAGUCAGCCAAAAGGGGGCAACAAGAGAAAAGGCGCUGACAAUGAAGAAGCGCAGAGAAAGAAAAGGAGGCUUCAGCCGGUGCAUCAAGAAGAGGGCAUAGGAGAGCUGUCCGUGGACGAGCAGAGAGUCCAAUUUGAAAGUAAAUACGAGCAGCAGCACAUGCUCGGAGAAGGAGGCUGUGGAUCCGUGUUUGCCGGCUGCCGUAAAUCUGACAAUCUGCCGGUAGCGAUAAAACAUGUUCCCAAAGACAAGGUUUUGUGCAAACACGUGGACCAGAACGGGAAGCAGCUCUCCAUAGAAGUGGUCGCUAUGUUGAAGAUUCAGGCCAGAGCAGCAGGACCAGUGGGGACCAUAUCCCUGCUGGACUGGUACGACCUGGGCCAGGAGCUGAUCCUGGUUCUGGAAAGACCGGUCCCCUGUGAGGAUCUGUGCGAUUACGUGGCGGGAAAAGGAGGUUCGCUGGAGGAGGAGGCGGCUAAGGUCAUCCUGAAACAGCUCUUGGCUACUGCCAUAGACCUGGAGAAGAGGGGCAUUUUUCACCGGGACAUAAAGAGCGAAAACAUUCUGAUUGACACCGGAUCGGACGUCCCGCGUACUUGGCUCAUCGACUUCGGGUUGUGUUGUUUCGUUAAGAAACGAUCUUGCUAUCGGGUAUUUUACGGCACUGUUGACCACGCCCCUCCAGAGUGGCACUGCCAGAGUACCUACCGGGCCGGGCCCACCACAGUCUUUCAGAUUGGGGUCGUGCUGUUCGACAUGCUCCACAGAGACGAACAUUUCGAAACCAGAAAGUAUUUCGGAAACGCUCUGCAAAUCAGCGAUGAGCUGUCUGAAGAACCUGAAUCCACAGAAGUGGCAGCUCUGUUGAGGAUUUAG